AUGUCCUGGGCGUACGAGAGCGUGGGCGUUGUGUCUGGGCAAGGUGCAAACAGCCAGGCGGAAAGCGCGUUCCUCGUGUACCUUCCCCCUGAUACGCCCGUCUACCAUUAUGAGAAACAGCGCGAACUGGGCAGCCUUUUCCCUCCUUUCUCAGUCAAGGAUCGUUUUGUCGUCGUGAAACACGUUCCACCAGAAAUACUAGAGAAACACGAGGAGCGACUGCCAGGACGCUGCGAUUAUUCACCACCACUUCGAAUUCUUAUCAUCACGAUGCCUGGUCUCCCACACGAAGAAGCGGCCGACAGUUUUGGAGCCAUGAUUAUUCUGCUUUCCAAUGAAAUGAACGUCUUAAAACGAAUUUCGCUAUGCGCAGCCACUCGCGUCGAUACCCCUAACAGAGACAAGCAAGCAGAUCGGUCAUGGAAGCCAGCUCGCCAACGCAGAAAGUUUCCUACCGUCGCACUGGAAGUUGGAUUUGCAGAAACAACGGCCAAGUUGGAAAGAGAUAUCGCUUGGUGGAUCAAUGAAUCAAAAGGCGAAGUAAAAAUGGGUAUCACCGUUGAUAUCAAGCCACGAUCGGGCCGCAUCGAAGUCAAAUCAUGGACUCCAGCAUUUGAGCUACUACCCAGCCACAUCUAUGUCACAGCAAGUGGUCGUCAAGUCCUCGAUCGGCGCAUCAACCAUCCUCCUCCUCCUCGAAUGAACCAACGAAUCCUCUUGAAAAGAGGAAGAAAUGGCGCUAGUACUACGAUUGAGGGGGGAGAUCUAGUCAUACCGUUUCGUUCCCUACUAUUGGAUGAGCCAGGAGAAGGCGAGGGGGAUUUUGUGAUCACAGCCGAUACAAUGUUGCAUGAUUUUGCAGAGCGUAUCUGGGAUAGCAUUGACGAUGCUGAAGGAAUUAAAGCCAAAAGUUAA